AACAGGUCCCCACCACCAUCCCCUCUCGCCAGCACUUAAAAAUGGCCGCCUGACUUUGAUUUCUUUCCACACUUCCCUCGGACAGAUAAUCGCCACUCCUCCUCCGCCGCCGCCGGACCGGACGAACCUCCUCCUCCUCCUCCUCCCCCUCCCCUCCUCCGGCCGCCGCCAUGUCCUUCGCCUACCUCGCUCCCCUGCCCCUCCUCCUCUGCUUCCUCUAUCUCUUCUCUCCCGCCAGAUCCGACCAGCUUCACACCCUGCUCGACCUAUCCGGCGCCCUCCAGUCCGCCAGCCCGGACGUGUUCUCUUCGUGGACGUCGACCACGCCCGCCUGCAACUUCACCGGCGUCGCCUGCGACGCAGCCGGCUCCGUCGUCUCCAUCGACCUCUCCAGCCAGCAGCUGACCGGCGUCCUCCCCCUGGACUCCAUCUGCACGUUGCCGUCCCUGGAGAGGCUGGCGUUCGGCGGCAACUCGCUUCAUGGACCCAUCUCCAAUGGCCUCAACAACUGCGUGAAGCUGCAGUACUUGGACCUCGGCUACAAUUUCUUCGCCGGCGCCUUCCCGGAGAUACCCGCCCUCGCCGAGCUGCGAUAUCUCUCCGUGAACGGAAGCAAUCUCAACAGGACGUUCCCGUGGGGCUCGCUCAAGAACACGACCAACUUGGUCUACUUGAGCGUCGGUGACAACCCCUUCGACGGCACUCCGUUUCCUGUGGAAGUUCUUGAUCUUCACGAGUUGGAGUGGCUCCACAUGACGAAUUGCAACAUCCGGGGCGAAAUCCCGCGCGGCAUAGGGAGGCUCAACAAGCUCAUCAAUUUGGAGCUCUCGACCAACAACAUCACCGGCGAAAUUCCAGCGGAGAUUGGGAACUUGACCAACCUGUGGCAGCUCGAGCUGUGGGAAAACGGGUUGACCGGAAAGCUUCCAGUCGGGUUGAGGAACUUGACGAAGCUCGAGAAUUUCGACGCUUCCCUGAAUAAUCUGGAAGGCGAUUUGUCUGAAUUGAGAUUCUUGAGGAACUUGGUGACUCUGCAGCUAUUCAUGAAUAAUUUUCAGGGCCAAAUCCCAGCCGAGUUCGGCGAGUUUGAGCGGCUUGUGAACUUGUCGCUCUACACGAAUAGAUUGACCGGCCCCGUGCCCGAAAAGCUUGGCUCAUGGGCGGAGUUCGAUUACAUCGACGUGUCGGACAAUCUCUUGACCGGGUCGAUUCCGCCAGAUAUGUGCAAGCGGGGGACCAUGAGCGAGCUCCUUAUGCUGCAGAACAGGCUGACUGGGGAAAUCCCUGCGACUUAUGCGAAUUGCUCGACGCUGACUCGGUUCCGCGUCAGCAACAACUCACUCUCCGGCGCCGUGCCUGGCGGCAUCUGGGGCUUGCCCAAUUUGAACAUCAUUGAUGUCGCCAUGAAUCAGCUCGAUGGUCCUAUCACAUCUGACAUAGGAAAUGCAAAGUCUCUGGGGCAGUUGUUCGUUUACAAAAACCGCCUAUCGGGAGAAUUACCGGAGGAAAUCUCGAAGGUUGAAUCUUUGGUCGCAAUCGAUUUGAGCGACAAUCAGUUCUCGGGGAGAAUUCCGUCGAAAAUCGGUGACCUGAAACAUCUGAGCAGCCUUCACAUGCAGAACAAUAUGUUCUCUGGCUCCAUACCGGAUUCGUUAGGCUCGUGUGACUCACUCAGUGACCUUGACGUGGCUAACAAUUCGCUUUCUGGCAAAAUCCCGCCGUCCCUCGGGUCUAUACCAGUACUCAACUCCCUUGAUCUAUCGGAUAACCAUCUCUCUGGUCAAAUUCCCUCGAGUCUAUCCUCUUUGAAAUUGAGCUUUCUUGAUCUGUCGAACAACCAGUUAACUGGUCAGAUUCCCCUGUCUCUGUCGAUCGAAGCUUACAACGGCAGCUUCUCUGGCAACCCUGGACUCUGCAGCUCCACCAUCACCUCCUUCCGGCGAUGCUCGCCGGAAACCGGCACGUCCAAGGAUAUCCGAACCCUCAUAAUCUGCCUCGUUGUAGUCGUGGUUCUCCUAUCACUGUCCCUUGCUUGCUAUGUCCGUGUAUAUAAGAGGGAAAAGGAUCAAGAAAGGUCGCUAAAGGAAGAAUCUUGGGAUGUGAAGUCAUUCCAAGUGCUGACCUUUACUGAGGAUGAGAUACUUGAUGCCAUCAAGGAAGAGAAUGUCAUAGGAAAGGGCGCUUCGGGGAACGUCUACAGAGUUGUGCUCAACAACGGCAGAGAACUUGCCGUCAAGCACAUUUGGAAUACGGACUCUGGCAGCGGCAGCGGAGGAGGGUGGAGGAAGAGCCGGACCACAAGCCCGAUGCUCGGGAAGCGGAGUGAGAAGUCGCGGGAGUUCGACGCCGAGGUGGAGACCCUGAGCUCAAUCAGGCACGUGAACGUGGUAAAACUGUACUGCAGUAUCACGAGCGAGGACUCAAGCUUGCUUGUCUAUGAGUACAUGCCAAACGGGAGCUUGUGGGACCAGCUCCACACGUGCCGGAAGACGGAGCUCGACUGGGAGACAAGGUACGAGAUAGCCGUCGGAGCAGCCAGGGGAUUGGAGUACCUGCAUCACGGGUGCGAGAGGCCGGUGAUUCACAGGGAUGUGAAGUCCAGUAACAUUUUGCUGGACGAGUUCUUGAAGCCUAGGAUUGCUGAUUUUGGGCUUGCCAAGAUCGUUCAGGCCAAUAGCAGCAACGAUUCAACUCAUGUUAUUGCAGGAACACACGGUUACAUUGCUCCUGAAUAUGGUUACACGUACAAGGUGAAUGAGAAGAGCGACGUCUACAGCUUCGGGGUGGUGCUAAUGGAGCUUGUGAUAGGAAAGAGGCCAAUCGAACCGGAGUACGGGGAGAACAGGGACAUAGUGAACUGGGUCUCGAGCAAGUUGAAGACGAGGCAAGACGUGUUUGGCAUCGUGGACUCGAGAAUCCCGGAGCCGUUCAAGGAAGAGGCCAUCAACGUGUUGAGGAUUGCCAUCCUCUGCACGACGAAACUCCCGAACCUGAGGCCCUCGAUGAGGAGCGUGGUUCAGAUGCUGGAGGACGCGGAACCAUGCAAUUUGGUCCGCGUGGUCGUUGAGAAAGACGGCGACGGGAAGGCAGAAGUCGCCGACAGCAAGAAGAUCAAGCCAGAGCCAUGAGAGCCUUGGGUCAAAUCACUUAGGAACAUAAUUGGAAAACCUUGGGAAUUUUAAACCCAGAUAUAGCACAAGGUGCCAGUAUUAGUUCUGAGGUCACUUGUAACAUAACAUAACAUAGUUCCAUAAGUAAGAGCUUCCCCCAAUAAGUCUCUCCUCAAUGAGUGAGAGCUUGGAGUUCAUGUGCAAGUAGGUUUUUGAGUGAGAUCUUCUGCCUCUUCCUUCUGUAGAAUAUAUUACUUAUGUAAGUCAUAUGAAGAUAGUUGUUUUGGCAGAACAGUGAUCAGAAAUGCUAGAUGAAUAGUACGAUGAAACCUUCUUUUGGAACA